UUCAUUCUUCGUGAAUCCAUCUCUCUUCAUAAAUUGGUAGUAACGCUCUACCUUGCAUUAUAAAAGAAACAAAGAAAGAGUGGACAUUUUAUAACCUUCGAGUCUCAGUUGAUCUAUCUUGCUCCCAGAUUCUUAAACCUCUGCAGUUCUACCUCAAUGGAAGAUUACUAUAUGAGAAGUCAUGUUCCGGCUUUUGGGAGCUGGGAUUGGAACGACGACCUGCCAUUCACUCAGUGCUUCGAGUCAGCAAGGGAGGCCGGGUUGCUACGUUACAGCUUUUCUGAAGAGCGUGAUUUGUAUGUUGCUGGAGAUUUGUACGAGAAUAAUGUGGUCACGCCCGCCAUGAUCGUUGUUCCUCGGCGAAGGACAAAAGCUCGUGGCCCUUACGCCAAGGAAGAUAAAAAGCAAAGCUGGGACGUUAGUGACGUGGAGGAACCAACAAGUCCAACUGAUACGCCAAGGGCAGCCCCAAAACCUGUGGAUGAAGACUUGUACAAAAUCUCACCCGACGCCUAUGCAAAAUCUAGAAAGAAGAAAGGGUUGAGGUUUUUCACAAGCUGCUUGAUGCCCCCUUGUGUUCUGUGAAGAUGUUAAGAGAACACUCAAGGACUUUGUACAUAUGACUUAUGAGAGAGGGGGGGAUCGGUAGAAGGACAUAGUUAAUACUUAUGUUGGUGGUCGAAUAUCUAUGUAUGUGAGGAAUUUUAUUUUGAUGGAUGUCUGAGGAAUAUCAUCACUAAUAUUCUCUAAUUAUGGAAAGAGAACUUCUAAAGGAAUCAAGGAUCGUGUAUUUUUCUUUUGUUUAGCCAUAUUUGGAACGUUAUGAUCAUUUUGAAUAUUAGGGUUUGUUAAGCUA